AUGGCUGUCGGACCGGUCAUUCAAUCAACUGGCCAUCUCAGCCUAUCUAUUCUCCUCGAUCGUCAUAUUUCUGGCCAUCUAGAACAGCUUGCCAAUAAGAUUGACUUGGGAGAAUGCCUCGCCCCAGACGACCUGGCGCGCCAGAGCCUAAGCGCAGGAGCCGAAAAGGUUGCUGGUGAGUACCUCGCAUGCGUGGAAGAAUUAGGACCUGACAUUAGACUGACCGUUCGCCCAAGGCCAUGCAAGGCUCGCAAAGUGAAAUGCGGUGAAGAAAAACCCUCUUGUCUUAAUUGCCAACGACAAGGCGAGUCGUGCGACUAUAGUGUCCGCCUCAACUGGGGUGGCCGAACUAAGCGGUCUUCUGUCGAUUCUCCAACUUCCAUCUCCAGGGGGUAUGGGGGUACGCUGAUGGGCUUUGCUGAACCAAUGCGGGCCAGCACCGUUGACUCGGCCGAGGUGCCCGCACCAAUACCACCAGGCAACAAGAACCCCGCAGAUGGGUUCAUCAAUUUUAGAUCUGUAGACCUAGGGUCCCCUGGGGCAUUAUCGCCUGGCAGUGCUGCCACCUUCGGAGUCUUCGACUCCCCGAAGCCUCAAGUGCCUUCAGAAAAUGGGAUCUCUCCAUCCCAAGGAGAGGUCCAGUUUGCCGCAACAUGGGCAGAGCAUUCCCCCGUAACCCCAGCGUCAUCGGGGUCCAUGUCACAGUAUUCAUUUGGACAGAACUUUCAUAGCUCACUAUCCCCUGCAGCAGACCAGGGAGUGGGCAUUCGAUCUCUUUCUGCCUUUGCGUUUCACUCGAGCUCAGUUUCACAGCCAGUAUCCUUUCUUCGAAACUCAAUGGACAUAACCAGCCAUCCCUCUGAUGUACAGUCUCGCCCAAAUCAGAAUGAUGGCCAGAUACCCACGAGUCGUUCCUUGUCACAUGAUGAUCAUGGACUAAGUUUUUUACUGAACGACGUUGCUGGACAGGACGGCCCUUCCCAAGAAUUGGCAGGCCAUAUCGAGGGUUCGACCUUGCUGCAUCCAAGAUCCCAUGUUUCUUCUUCCCCUGGGCUUGAUAGGCAUACGCCAUCAUCGACUUAUGCGCCAAGGACCGAGUCCCUUCGUUCAUUUCAUCAAGCUGACAACUUGUGCACUGAUGCCAGAGACAGAGAAAGUGAUCACCCAAGAAAUGAAUCCCUAGCCGCCCAAAGUAAAUGGCAGGCCUAUCUCACAAGCGUGGCCGAUAAUUAUGGCUUGGAUAGUGGACGCCCAGAUCGCGAUCUGGCUUUGAAUAAUGACCAUGCUGCAAUCGAUAUUAACUCUGCUGUCGACAAAGUCAGCCCACGGGGUCAUAAUGGUGAAUCUGUGUCCCCUACAUCUUUCCCGAAGCCCUCUGGCGUGCAGAACUCCGACUACAGCGGGUAUUAUGCGUCUCCGGUUCCCAUCAACAUCCCUCGAUACCUGUCACCUCUUCCUUCGUCAUUGCUGAAAAACCCGAUCAACUUGCUGUAUUUUCAUCACUUCCUCAACCACACGUCCAAAAUGCUGGUUCCGCACGAUUGUGACAACAAUCCAUUCGUGUCGGUGCUCCCAUCGAUGGCAAUUUCCGACCCUAAUCUGCUGAACUUGGUGUUGGCGUACUCGGCAAGCCAUCGAGCCCGUUAUCUAGGACAUCCGGAACCGGCCAACCGAAUCGCGCACUGGGUCAGCGACGUCUUCCCAGCAUUGCGGGUUGCUUUGGAAGCAUCCAAAGAGGAGAUUACCGACAGCCAUUUGGCUACGGCGAUCUUGCUCUUGUCUUUGAAAAUCGUUUGCCCUGGAACCUUUGAAGUCCCCAUUCCUUGGCAGAGUCAUCUGAAACUCGCUCGAGAUUUGUUCAUUGCUCGCAGUGAUCGCAUUGCUAAGCCUGGGAAUCGGAUCGGCGCUUUCUUCGCCCGCUGGCUGGGAUACAUUGACACAAUGGGCGCUCUUUCUUGCCGUCAAGCAGGUCCACCAUUGAUGCUAUACCACUCCGUUUUGGCAGAGUGCUGUCGCCCUCAGAGUCAUGACGAAUACUGCGUCGACUGUUUCACUGGAUUCAGUCCCCGCACUGGGUUCUUCCUCCUCCGGCUUGCUCAGCUAGUUCAACAGUGCGAUAAUGAGCGUUUCGACGAUCUGGGUAAUUUCCAACGGGCCUGGCACCCAUCCGCAGACAUGGUGAUGGAGGCGCAGGCGGUGCUUGGCGAAUUUGAUGACCUGAACGAAAGAGUCCACACCGACCCGGACCAUCAUUUGGGAGUCGAGUCCGAUGACAUGAUGGCCACAGAGCAAGCGUUUCGCUGUGCCGGGCUACUUCACCUCCACAGAAGGGUACUUGACACUUCGCCUGAUUCAUUUCCCGUACAAGACGCCCUUCGUAAACUUGUCAACGCUUUGGACCGCAUGCGACUUGGUGCUUCAACCGAAGUAUGCUCGCUGCUUCCCCUGUUCACUGCUGGCUGUGAAUCGCGUGAUUCUUCCCAGCGGAUGAAACUUCUCAACCGUUUCUUCGUGCUAGAGAAGUCGGGUAUGAAACAGAUCCAAAACGCUCGGCAGCUGAUGCAACAUUGCUGGGAUGACAACCUUCCAUGGAUUGCCCUGGCCGAGGGAGAGUUCCUGGGCAUUGUCGGCGUUUAG